GCUCAGCUCCAAAAAGAAAACAGAAGGAUAAAGAGAGACCGAGAGAAGGGAAGCACAUCCAAUAUAACGAUAAGCUUGCUGGAACAUUUCCUUGGCUGUUUAUCACUAUCUGAAAAACCCUGUGAGUGUGGAUUUCUUUUUGGCUGCUGCUUUUGUGGACUCUUUCUCUUCUUCUGGAUCUGGAUGUGGACUUUAAGUGUGUCUGCGGUCAACUGAGGAGGACGAUCGACUGACAACUUUGGGGAUUUACACUUUGAGGAGUAAACCUCUACUUGAGAGGGGGGAGGAGGAAGAGAGAGAGUGUCGGGCCAUGCCCACCUCUGCUCAUGGUUCAGCAGCAUGAAAGGGGGCCACCAUCACCAUCGCCACCACCGAGGCUGUGGCUGCCAACACUUGUUCCGUAAAGUCCUGGUCAAGUGUGGCUGCUGCUAUGCCCGAGUCAGAGACUCAUACUCAGCAGCAGGCAGUGAGGGCAGCAUCUCCACCUCUGUGGCAUCACUACCCCCACAGGCAUCAGGCAGCUCGGCCCCGAGCUCCCCGGGCUCCAGGCGCUCUGUGAGCACGCUGAAGAAGUGGCUCACGAACCCUGUCCGCAAACUCAGCGUCGGGGGCACCGCCAAAGGGGAGCGUCAAGUCCGCAAACUUGAGGGAAAGCUUCCCCCUCUUCCGUCCCACAGCCACAGCCAGGAUCUGGGCAGCCCCCCGAGGUCUGAUGAUACUUUCAUCAUCCUGCCUGUCACCCAUAGAGAACUGGAGUGGAAAGAUGGCCUGGCAAGCCCUGAGGACCUGUCACCAGCUACACUGCAGUCCCCCAGCUACAUAACUGACUCGCUGAUUGGCUGCACGUCACUGCAAAACACCCAGGACACUCAGUCCACCAGUGUUUUGCCAGAUGACAGCAGCUCUGUCUUGAUGGACGACACCUCCAGCCAAUGGUCAGCUGCAGCUGACACUGAGGAGGAGAGGAGGAGUGCCUUAGAAAAAAGCAUGUAUGUACUGAAGGAGCUUAUUGAGACAGAGAAGCACUAUGUGGUGGACUUGGGGCUCAUAGUGGAGGGCUACAUGGCCACAAUGCACUCUAAAGGUAUACCGGAGGACAUGAAGGGAAAAGACAAGAUUGUUUUUGGGAACAUUCACCAAAUAUUUGACUGGCAUAAAGACUACUUCCUGGGAGAGCUGGAGAAGUGUAUAGCAGAGCCAGAGAGGCUGGCUCAGCUCUUCAUUAAACAUGAGAGGCGUCUGCAUAUGUAUGUUGUGUACUGUCAGAACAAGCCCAAGUCGGAACAUAUCGUAUCAGAGUAUAUUGAGACUUACUUUGAGGAGUUGCGGCAGCAGCUGGGCCACAGACUGCAGCUCAACGACCUGCUGAUCAAACCUGUGCAGAGGAUCAUGAAGUACCAGCUGCUGCUCAAGGACUUCCUGAAGUAUUACACCAAAGCUGGGAUGGACACAGAGGAAUUGGAGAAAGCAGUGGAAGUGAUGUGCUUUGUGCCAAAACGUUGCAAUGACAUGAUGAAUGUGGGCAGACUACAAGACUUCGAGGGGAAGAUCACAGCCCAGGGCAAACUGCUCCAGCAAGACACCUUCACUGUGACCGAGCAGGACAGUGGCUUCUUGUCCCGAGCCAAGGAAAGACGCAUCUUCCUGUUCGAGCAGCUGGUCAUCUUCAGUGAGCCAAUCGACAGGAAGAAAGGUUUCUCUCUCCCAGGAUACAUCUUUAAGAACAGCAUCAAGGUGAGCUGCCUGGGGGUGGAGCCCAGUGUGGAAGGAGAUGACGCCCGCUUUGUGCUGACGUCCCGCAACCCCGAUGGAAGUGUGGUGCGCUUCCAGUUGCAGGCCCCCUCCCCUGAGAUCGGCAGGGCCUGGGUUAAUGAUGUGGUUCAGAUCUUGGAUAGCCAGCGCAACUUCCUCAACGCCUUACAGUCCCCUAUUGAGUACCAGCGACGAGAGAGCAAGUCUAAUAGCCUGGGUCGCAGCAUGAGGCCCCUUUUGUCUGCUGCCAGUGCCCUGCGACCACACUCUUCUGCCUCCAUUGACCGUCAUAAGCUGCCCUCCCUUCACUCUCACAACACCUCCCUGCCCACGCUCUACCUGCCCAGCCAAGGCCAGGGCCAAGGAGCCAUCGAGACAUACUCACUGCGCGACCCCACUGUGGUCCAGCCAGGCCCUGCUGACUCCCACACUGUUUCUCCAUCACAUGUCCAACUGGGCUUCCCUGAUCAAGCAAACUGUCAAACUGUGUCAAAUGGGCUGUACAGACCUACCACACAAAGCGCACAGCAGAGAGCAGGAGAGGGCUGCCGUAGGGGUCAGGCUGCUGAUGCUGGAAGCCAGGCUUCACUGUCGGGCCCCUUAGCUGGACGACGCCCCAGCAAUCUGGCUCAGCUAUCCGAGGAUGACCUUUGAACUCUGUUGCCAUCUGCCUCCUGGGUCAAGAGGACCACAGCGAACACCACAGCUGUGGAAACAAGAAGACUUGUCUACUGUCUGUUAAUGCCAGGCUGAACCUGGUUCAGUGAUUAUUUCUGGAGGAUACUUAAGGAACCUGAAGGAACAUAUGAAGGAAUUAUGGGCUGCUCCUGUUUUUAGAGAGCCAUUCAAUGGGAGGUGACUAGCUUGGCCACCUCUAACAGCACACAGUGAGAUGUUUCUGGGUUCAGAGUGAAAAAACUCAAAGGACACUCAGCGCUUUUUACCUUUUUGAGAGUUUGUACAUCAUACUCUUCUCUCUUUCAAAGGGCAAGGGGAAUAUGUUUGAAGAAAUAUCCAUUCCUAAUUGGGGCGGUCACUGGAGUUACGUGUGUGCUUGAAUGUAUCUUUAUGCAAAGAUGAGUGAAUGUGUUUGAGUGCAUGAGAGUGUGCAAGUAGUGGCCGUGGCACCUCUUGUACCCUCUGGUAAAUUUCCUUGAUCAAGUUUCUUCUUCUGAUUCCCCAUUGUGGGACUAGUACAUUUGGUCAUUCCCCUGCUGACAACUGAGUUUGCUGUUUGUGUCGACAAGAAUGCAAAAGGCCGAACUCUUGAUGUGAACAAGCCACAAGGACUUCGCUCACUUGCAUUUCAAACGAAAGGGAAGAACUUUCCUUCUUGCCACAGUGUUGGGAGCCCCUGUGUGCUCUGUUAUUCCGUUUGCUUGGCCCUUGUUUGAUCUGGACAAAAAUAAAAGGUGUGAGGGAGCCCCUGGAGGUUCUCUGCGAGUAUGACGUCACUUCUUAAUACAUGUUGCUCUUUGGGCAACUCCAUGUUUGCGGGAAACAGUAGGUGCAUUCAAAGGGACUGCAGUGCUGACCCCUGGUGAUUGACUUUCUUUACAGGCCGAAGAGUGCUUGUGGUUUGGGGGGCACAUGUCCUUAAAAGUGCAUUGUUUAAAAUAAUACAAAUAGUUUUUUUUAGUCCACUGUUGUCAUGUCAUGGCUGUGCACCAUUUCUAUACUUGCUGUUAGCUUUUGCCCUCAUGGAAUAAAAACUGUACAGUGCAUACCAUAUAGGAAAACAUUUCCACUUCUAAGAUGGAGUACGGCCCAGAUAUGCCAAGAAGUGUUACCGUUUCAGUUGGUUAAAAUGAAGGAUGAUAUGUUGCUUGAUAAACAGAGUGAUGCGGGUGAAUCUGCAUGCUCGCUCAGACAACAGUGCCAAAAAAAGCAGCUCACCACAACGUUUCAUGCUCUUACUUAUUUCAGUUGGCUACAACUUACAAAACAAUCGUAGAUUUCUGUGUUAGUAUCUUGAUCGUCAACCCCUACGUGACAAAAAGAGGAGAGUAUAGUCGAUGAAGAAGGCUGUCCUGCUGUCAGUUCUGCUCUGUGGCCAGUAGAGGUCCCCACAAGACUUUCACUUUCAGUUGAGUUAGAUCAUACAGCUGCACCAAAGAUCUGUAGGCCUCAUAUUUCAAUGCUCACAAUGAAGCUAAAGCUGCUCAAUAAUCUGUCCAAAACACCAUUAUUACACAUGUGAGUGGAGACACCUCACAGAAUCCAUCUGCAGUUAAUGUAAACUGGUGUGUUUUCAUGGGAACUGCUGCUCGGACAGUGUUUCUUUAAUACAAAAUAAUACCACUACAGAGAACCAAAAGCAAGGAUAUAAAACCAGGAGAGGGUUGGUUAAUGCCAUGUACGAUUGAGUAGGAACUGUUGUAUAAUAUCAAA